UUCACGGAUUUUUUUUGGAGGACUUGGCAAUCAUCCAAGCAAUGUCUAGCCGAUGCGUCAAAGUUGUCACAAUUCACAUGUCAUGGAACUCAUGGAUGAUCACAAAAAGGAAAUAGAUGCAGAUUUUAUUGUGGUGCAAAGGAAGAAUAUGAGACGUGGGAAACCCCAGCAAGAACUGUAUAAACCUGGUAGCGGCAGACUGCGACGCUCAGACACUGGAUCAGAAACUGGAAGCGUCCAGAGCUUACACAGUGAUUACCGAUUCAACGACUAUUCAGACAAAUUGGACGACAGUGCCGAUCGAAACAGAGAUCAGCAAAGAAGAGCGAAGAAGCCAGAAAGAGAGUUCUAUGUACCCAGGGUUGUCGCUGAGGCUAGGGGACAAUCAAGUCCUCAAAGUUGUGCGCCAGACUCAGGAAGCCUGAAUGGUACAGACAAUUCUUAUGAGAAAAUGAAUCGAUCGAAGAGGUACUCUAGCAAUAGAGCACGUGGAGACAACAACGGCGUCAGGAGCAAUAAUCAAAAUGAGUGGAGAGAUAACUCUCCUAAUAGAAGCUAUAGAAUGGAUUCGGAACAACGAAGGAACAAAUCCCCCAAUAGGAGCUUUAGAAUGGAAUCUGAACCGAGGGGUGGAUUCGGCAAUAAUUCUAAUUGGAACCAAGACAUCGAUCGUAACCGAGAACGAGACACUCGAAGUGUCGAACCGACGGGCGUGGGAAAUCGCAACAAUUGUGAUGGGCCAAAAUUUCUGCCAAAACCCCCAAGCGGUCGAAGGCAUAGCAGUACCGGUAAUUUCCAACACAAUAUGAAUAUGAAAAUGUUCGAGCAGUUGGCACCCAGAUUUAGGAAGAAAUUCCUACAGGAAAAAGGCAUGGCUUUGGACGAUGCCGGAUGGGACGGAAACAGUUCCGUUUAUCAGUCGAAUAAUUCGCAACAACACAACCAGCAAAAUUCAAGCUUCCAUUCUCUGGACGUCUACAGCACUCUACCUCAUGCAAACGCUACCUCAACUUACAAUUCAAAUUCCAACUACCACACGUUGCCUGGAAAACCGCGCGGAAGAGGUCGCUAUAGCUAUCAUGAGCCUGAAUUUCAGCCUGGUCCAGCGUUUAGAUCGAUUACUCCCGAUCGAUCAAGUGUAGGAAGAAGUCCGGCAAGUUCACGCCCAGGUACUCCGACAAGACGGUUUGAUAAUAGUAGACCGCCUAAUCAUCCCCCAAGUCGCUCACAAACUCCUGUGAAUCAUUAUCAGGAUGACAAUAGGCAUGGUGGUGAUGUAUGGGGAGAUCGAAAUGGCCGACGGGGUGCAGCGAAUUCAAACGUUUUUGAUCGAACUGGAAGUAGAGCAAGCGAGCCCAGAUAUUCUGACAACAGAGAACGGGAUCAGAGAAACAAUGACUUUAACCGCCGAAGAGACGACGAUAACAAUAGACUAGAUAGAAGACAUGAAGCGGAUAGAGAGAAUGAUAGAUUUGAUAGAGGACGAAAAGAGCAUCAUAGAAAGGGUGACAGAAGAAAAAAGAGUGGCCGAGAUAUGAGAGGGUCGAGUAGAGAUCUUCCCAGGCCCAAUUCUAGGGAGUCCCAUAUGAAUAGUACAAAUAGUACUUUUGCUAGUGAUGUGGAAGGUACACUAAUGACAAGCACAAACGAUCCUUCUGAGUUCAAUCAGCCCAGACAGGAUCAAGCCGUAAUAAGCAGCUCACCAGCAGAAAGCCUUGAAAUUGAAGUGGAGUUUAAGCCAAUAGAUACGAACGUAACUUUCGAUUGGAACGAAGAGAUUGAACUGAGUAAGCUCGAGGCAGCUGCCAAAGCGAUGACUAGAAGUUCUUCGGUGGCUAGUUUGCAGGAUGUCAUUUCUAGGUCAAUGCCUGCUUCAGCUAGUGUCUCCACUAAUGUGAAAAAUAAAAGGAGGAGUGGACGGAGAAAAAGUAAGCAGAGAGGCGGCAUUGAUUAUUUGGACAAAACUCUGGCUCAUCAAAAUGACUCGUUUCGCGGAGGAGACAUUCGGGAUAGAGAUUUCAAAGUUCCUCAUGAUUCUGGUUCAGGUCGGCAUGGUCGACGUAGACGAUCUUCUCGUGACACGAGAGAUGUGAGUUUUGACCGGUUUCAUAACAAAUCUCGCGGACCGAGCCGAGAAGUUAGCUUUGAUCGAUCCCAGUCUGGGCAAACUGGCAAUUGGAGAGACGAAAUAAUAAGAAGCCGACAAAAUUCGGAACGAGAAGGUUCCGUUAUGAAUAGCAGAAUAAGUUCAGAUCGCAGUCGACAGAACUCAGAACGCGAUGAUCACAUUUCGAUAGAUAUUCCUAGCAAAAAAGGUGGUCUGCUGGUUUUGCCAUCAGCCAAAUCGCCGGAAUCCUCUCAGUCAUAUACUGAACGACCGAAAUUCCCUGAAAUCCAACAUGUCACGCCUGCUGCACAACAAAAAACUCUGUUUGAUCCCAAAAAUCCUAACAAACCGAUUCUUGUCAAAUCUCCGGGAAGUAGAGUGUCAGCUCCUGGUUUUACCGAAAGUUCGACCGAAGCCCCCAAACUCUACAUGACUGAUUCUAGUGGAAAAUCGGUACCUAUUUGGUACAAUGAACAGAGUGAAGAUUUCAAAUCGAGUAAUUUCAAAGAGUUCCUUCGGGACAUAAAGCGGGCAGACUUUGAGCUCCAAUACAUAAUGGACAGCGGCCUACUAUUGGUCAAUUACGAUGCAGUGGAUAAUUUGAGGCAGUUUCUGAAGCGCGCUCUAGAAUUUAUGCUGUGUAAAGCUAUCAAGUUUUGCCAAACCGAGAACGUCGAACAGCAUAUUUGGAAAAUUCUCUACUACAAUAUCAUCGAGGCUACUAGAAAGGCCAUGGUAGAUGAUCCCGACAACAAACCUAAAUAUAAGAAAUUCCUGCUGAAUAUUAUCGACGAGGGUACCAAGUACUUUGAACGGCUAGUGGGCAUUCUGGAAGAUACGUUCAACUUCAAAGUGGCUAAUUACACAGGGAAUAAUGCCAUGGCACCACAUAAAGGUUCAGGGAACGCCAGGCUGGCCUUGAUUUCAACACAAAAAAUUUUCCUUUUUUUGGGUGACCUGGGUCGAUACAAGGAACAAGUGAACGAAACCACUAACUACGGCAAAUGUAGGCAGUGGUACAUCAAAUCGCACGAAAUUAAUCCCAAGAAUGGAAAACCGUACAAUCAAUUGGCUGUUUUGGCUGUUUAUUCAAGAAGGAAAUUAGACGCUGUAUACUACUACAUGCGUAGUUUGAUGUCAUCAAAUCCCGUGCCGUCUGCAAGAGAAUGCCUGGUUUCGUUGUUUGAUGAAAAUAGAAAAAAGUAUCUCCAGCAGAUAUACUAUGAGCAAGGGGAGAAAAAGCGCCGCGAAGAACGUCUAGAACGUCAGCGUCAGCACAUGAAGCAGAAGGAGUCUGAGGAGAAUGGUGCUGCAAACAGCCUCAGGAAGGAGACCUGGAUCCGUCCUGAUGGAGGCCGACGCUUACAUAGAACCACUAAAGCGUUGGAAGACUAUCUGCGCGACUCUGAGGAGGAGGACUUGGCUGCGUUAAGUAGCGUAGAGGUUAAUAAGAGAUUUGUCACCAGCUAUCUACACGUUCAUGGAAAGUUAAUAACCAAAAUUGGAAUGGAAAGCUUCCAAGAUGCAGCCAUGCAGAUGCUGAAAGAGUUCCGAGCGCUUUUGCAACAUUCUCCUGUAUCGCUGCCCUGCAACCGAUUCCUCCAACUUUUGGCCCUGAACAUGUUCGCCAUCGAGAGUACACAGCUUAAGGAUUCCAGUAUUGAGCAAUCGGCCGGUUACCGGUCCGAGCUGCAGGAACGCGCUCUCAUUGUCUCCCUACAAAUGUUCAAUCUGAUUCUGGAGCGCUGCCUUUCGAUCCUUCAGGAGCACUGUACCGCCAACUGUGAGCAGGAACAGUCUGGAACGAUGCUGGAUUCGUUGCCGCAUGAUGCAAAUGUUCUACUGCCCGCCAUCAAAAUUUGGUGCGAUUGGAUGCUAUGCCAUACUGCCGUUUGGAAUCCUCCGCCUAGCACUCACGACUUCAAAGUAGGGCCAUCGGGUGAUCUUUGGUCCAGACUGGGACUCUUGAUGAACAUUCUGGAACGCAUAGCUCCCGAUCCAUCCGAGGUGUUUGUCAACGAACCCAAAGAAGAUCACGUGGUCGUUCGGUUGCAGGAAGAUGUUACUCUGAGCGGAUUUACGCCGCUAAUACUACAUGACCCAAAAGUAACGUUUGCACCCUCUAGUUUUGACUUUGAGACUGCUCAGCUGAAAUUGCGCAUCUCCAAGCUGUUGUUCUUCGGCACGGUUUUUCUCUGCGGCCUGGAACCGCCCGUACUGAAGCUGGAAAUCGAAGAUGAUAGAAAGGAGUACGUGUCUGUUGUCUGUACCGAUCGUGGGCAGGAUUCGCCUCGUGAAGAAGCUGCCUUGACUAGAAGUGAUGAGUUUCUGUUGGAAACAUUCAGUGGCGACGAAGAAGAGACGUCGGAUGCAAAUACCGAUCUUAUAAAAGCUGAGCUUGCGACUGAUGCGUCAGCCGAAAUCCAGGAUCUGCUCCACAGGAAAUUGGAGCUGGAGGAGAAGAAUCGGAAGCAAGAACUUCACCAGCACCGUGUAAUGAAAAUUUUGAGUCAGUCCAUAGUGAGUGUGCACGUAGAGAUCAGACCCAAGAACCUCGUUCCAGACACCAACUGUUUUAUCGACCACUUAGAUAGCAUUUGCACAGUAACUAAAUCGCACACCUACACGCUAAUGGUGCCUAUCGUAGUUCUCAGCGAACUAGAAGGGCUUAGCAAAGGCACUUCCUCUCCAUCAGCGAGAGGUAAGGUUUCCCCCAGUCCUGAGCACGUGCAAAAAGUGGCUCAGGCUUGCCGCUCAGCGCUGGAUUUCCUGAAGAAGCGCCAUCCGUCUAUAAAGUGCGUGACGACCAAAGGCGCGCUUCUAACCACCACCAACUUUAGUACUGAGGACGAUUCCACUUGGGACGCCACCCUAAAGAACGACGACAAGAUUCUUGCCACUUGUUUGAUGCUUUGCAAGGACCACAGCAAGGAACAGGCCGAGCCCAAGAAUGAGCCUCGACAUCUGUUCCGAGAGGUGGUUCUCCUAACCGAGGACCGGAACCUGAGGGUGAAAGCGCACGCUCGAGAUGUGCCGGUUCGGUCGCUACCCGAUUUCAUGCGAUGGGCAGGUCUUGGUGGUUGAAAGUUCGUCUAAUCAGGUUAGCGAUCGCCCAAGCCGCUGACUCGUGGAUGUGAUCUUCUGAGCUGAACGAGGUUUAAGUAUGGAAUCUGGCGAGGUGAACCGAAUUAACUCCUACAAUAAGCAAAAAUCAAAUUAAGCUAAUUUAAUAAUUUAAGGUUUAUCGUUUUUAUACGUUUAUUACUUAUACAUUACAAGACAAGAGAAGCCAUAACUGAAUUUUUAUUUUAUUAUAUUAUUUUUUAGAUAUUAUAUAUAUAUUUCUUAACAUCGAUUAGGUUUUAUGUGCUUGGUUGACAGGAAAUGGAUAACAAUCCAUUUUGAACUGAACUCUUGUGCUUGUACAUAUAGACAUAGUAUAUAAUAAUUGAAAUAAUGUUGUUUGACUGAUAGCACUACCCACGGUCAAUUAAUUCUUAGAUGAAAUUAGUGCGAGUUAAUUAAAAAAGGUAAUUGAUAUCAAUAAUUUUUCAUACUUAUAAUUCUUAUUUAUAGUUAUCAGAUGCAUGCAUACCUGCAUAUCAGAUUGACCUGGUUUUUUCUGAUUUGAAUCGGUGUAUGACUACUAUUUUAAUAAUUCACGAUAAAACCAUAUUACCUCGUAUUAUAUCAGUAAUAACCUGUUUUUUGUCAAUAUUAUUUAAAAAGGCUGAGUUAAUUCUACAAGAUUUGCGAUUAUUCAUUAACCCGAAUAAUUAGUCGAUUGUGAGUAGCGUUUUUCAAUAGAACAACAUUCUCUAGAUAUCAUAAUCUGAUCAGUAGAAAUACUUUUGGUAUCUACUGCAUACUGCUAUUUUUAGUUACUCUUAUUAUUUAGUAAAUAUAGUUAUUCUGUACUUAUUUUUAGAUAGUUAUUAAUCGUUUUAAUACCUUUUCGACAUGUGAUUUCGCAGCGAAUCAACUUUCUGGCUUUGUUUUAUUGUAUUCGUUUUAAACAUUUAAUAUAAAUCACUACGACAGUACCUGAUAAAUGUGUGUUUAGCUUACAUUAACCAACAAAGUUGUACAAUAUAAUAAACAUAAAACAGGAAAGAUUGAAUUGCAUUACGGCAUAUUUAGAUAGUUAAUUGAAUUUUUAGAUUAAGCAAGGUGUCCGUUUAACGAGGCUUAAGUAUGGAAAUACAUAUGCAAGGACUGUCUUGUACUAUGCGCUAAGCCUUCUUGUUCAGUCCAGAGUGAAAGACUUCGAACGUUAUGCAAGUUUAGAUGACAGAAAAUAAUAAAACUGAUCCAGUGAA